GACGGAGUGUCAACAGAGUGUCAUGUCGGGGAAAAAUAUAGCGGUGCGUGUCAGUGACUCUUUUUGGAGCAAUACUUGUGCGAUAUCCUCCAGAUCGAGGCAAAAGGGGUUACAGUAUGCGGUGGAGGGAUACAUUAAAAACAUUAAAAUAAACAAAGAAGGGGACACUACGACUGUCGAGGCGAAAGCGUACCGGUCAAUGGCAAAAUCGGAGAAACCCCAUGAUCUCUACCUCACAUGCAACGAGCACAGCCUUUUGGACCAGUUAUGCUCUUGCACUGCCGGUUCACCAGGUUUUUGCUCUCACAUUGUGGGCCUUAUGUACACCCUGGACCUGUGCCGUGCCAGACAUAAUGACAUCUCCUCCACAAGCCAGCCUCAGCAGUGGCACAAAGCCAGGGGUAAAAAUAUAACUGGACAACCUGUGAGCAGUGUGGUGGUAGCCAAGGCCAAAGUCAACCGCAAGCGGAAACCCAUCAUGUCCAGCUAUAUCCACAAUAAGAAAGAGUUAGGGACAGCAGUGUAUGGUCUACUGAGGGAGAUGUCAGAUGCACCUAUAAGCUACAUUGCUGAUGAAACUGCACCUGAGGUAGAAGUUGGAGGCAGGAAGUAUGCAGUGGGGUGCGGUCUAAGCCACCAGCUGCCACUUGUUUGCCAAGUUGGAGAGUCUUCUGUUGAUCCUGGAGUAACUCCUGUCAGCCAACCAGAUGACCUGCCCAACUUUCCUCUGCCAUCCCAACCCACCAGCUUCUGCACAGUUCUGAGUGAAAGUGCCAUGCGUUGUUUCACAGAACUGAAAAUGUCUUUGCCUGAUUCUAUAGCUCUGGAACAGGAAACCAGGGAACAGAGCAAAAACAACUUGUGGUUCCAUGCAAGGUCUGCCCGAAUAACAUCAACCUCUUUUAAAAGAAUCUGCUCUAGGAGAGCUGACCAUGAAAAACUUGCUACAAGCUUAAAGAGUGCCGCAUCAGUACAAACUAAGGCCAUGAAAAGAGGUGUAGAACAAGAGCCCAUAGCAGCAACACAGUACACAAAGCUCACAGGUAAUCUAGUGUAUCCAUGUGGUUUUGUUGUAAAUCCUGAUGCCCCACACCUUGGUACUUCACCUGACCGUAAGGUGAUAGAGAGAGGAGGGAGUGAAAGCCCAAGCUAUGGGCUUUUAGAAAUUAAGUGCCCAUCCAAGAACAGCUUUACAGAGUGUCCUUACCUUUGCAAGCAGGCAGAUGGACGCUAUAAACUAAAAGAGUGUAAUGCCCAUCAUUAUCAAAUAAUGGGGCAGCUUGGGCUCACGGGUAUGUCAUGGUGUGAUUUUUUUGUUAAAUGUGAGGAAGAUUACCACCUAGAAAGAAUACAAUUUGAUGUUGCAAAAUGGGAAGAGAUGAAGAGCAAGCUUGAUGCAUUUUUCUUUGACUACUAUGUUACAUACCAGUGAGAUAAAUCCGUGAUCGUCUUACUGUAUGUAUGUAUGGACUCUUAUUUUGUUCUCUUGUUUCUUUGUUCUUCUUGUUUGUUUUGACCUCUGAACAGAGAAUGAAAGUGCCAAUAAAGGAACUUAUUCACUGUCUGAAACA